CCAUGCCGGCCGCCGGCCCCGCGCGCACCUGGGCGCUGCUCGCCCUCUGCCUCCUGGGCUGCGGGGCCCAGGACUUCGGGCCGACGCGCUUCAUCUGCACCUCGGUGCCCGUGGACGCCGACAUGUGCGCCGCGUCCGUGGCGGCCGGCGGCGCGGAGGAGCUCCGGAGCAACGUGCUGCAGCUCCGGGAGACAGUGCUGCAGCAGAAGGAGACCAUCCUGAGCCAGAAGGAAACCAUCCGCGAGCUGACCACGAAGCUGGGCCGCUGCGAGAGCCAGAGCACGCUGGACACCGGCGCCGGCGAGGCCCGGCCAGGCGGCGGCCGCAAGCAGGCCGGCUCCGGCAAGAACACCAUGGGCGACCUGUCCCGGACGCCGGCCGCCGAGACGCUCAGCCAACUCGGGCAAACUUUGCAGUCGCUCAAAACCCGCCUGGAGAACCUCGAGCAGUACAGCCGGCUCAAUUCCUCCAGCCAGACCAACAGCUUGAAGGAUCUGCUGCAGAGCAAGAUCGACGACCUGGAGCGGCAGGUGCUGUCUCGAGUGAACAGCCUGGAGGAGGGCAAGGGGGGCCCCAAGAACGACACGGAGGAGAGGGUCAAGAUCGAGAGCGCCCUUACCUCGCUGCACCAGCGCAUCAGCGAGCUGGAGAAAGGUCAAAAGGACAACCGGCCUGGAGACAAGUUCCAGCUCACAUUCCCGCUGCGGACAAAUUACAUGUACGCCAAGGUGAAGAAGAGCCUUCCCGAGAUGUACGCCUUCACCGUGUGCAUGUGGCUCAAGUCCAGUGCGGCGCCCGGCGUGGGCACCCCCUUCUCCUACGCAGUGCCUGGCCAGGCCAACGAGCUGGUGCUCAUUGAGUGGGGCAACAACCCCAUGGAGAUCCUCAUCAAUGACAAGGUGGCCAAGCUGCCCUUCGUGAUCAAUGACGGCAAGUGGCACCACAUCUGUGUCACUUGGACCACCCGGGAUGGGGUCUGGGAAGCCUACCAGGAUGGCACCCAGGGCGGCAGCGGCGAGAACCUGGCGCCCUAUCACCCCAUCAAGCCGCAGGGCGUGUUGGUGCUGGGCCAGGAGCAGGACACCCUCGGUGGUGGGUUCGAUGCCACCCAAGCAUUUGUGGGCGAGCUGGCCCAUUUCAACAUUUGGGACCGUAAGCUGACCCCAGGGGAGGUGUACAACCUGGCCACCUGCAGUGCCAAGGCCCUUUCGGGCAACGUCAUCGCAUGGUCCGAGUCACACAUUGACAUCUUCGGGGGAGCUACCAAGUGGACAUUCGAGGCCUGUCGUCAGAUCAACUGAGGGCCCUGGGCCAGGGCUGAGCCCCCGGCCUUGGUCCCCAGCCCCAUGCCCACCUCCCCUGCUUGUGCACCGAGACUCGUCAUCUCCUGUCCCCCCAGGAAUGAACCAAGGCUGUCACCCCUGCACACACACACGCACACA